CUAGUGUAUUUAGAUAGUUGAGAUACUCUGUAUUCCUUUGACUUGUACGACGAGGCGGACGCAUGGUUUGAACAAAAGCAAAAGAAGUAACAAAGUAAAAAAAAAAAAAUGUGAGACAUUUUUAUAUUUCAAUCCCAGCUCACUCUGUUUUUGAUAAAAUAUCAUGCGAAAAAUAAAAAAUAAAAAAUACUGCUUUCUUGUUUUUUUGCAACAUUCUUUCUCAAGAUGAUUAGAAGUGCUUCUCACGCUGGUACUUGGUAUAUUGCUAAUAAAACCGAAUUAAAUGAACAACUCGAGACAUUCUUUGAACGAGCCACGAAAGAAUAUUCUUCCGCAAAGUCAAACUUCCCCAUUGAGGGUGUAAGAGCUAUUAUUGGACCUCAUGCUGGGUUUCAGUAUAGUGGACCUACGGCAGCGUUUGCUUACAAGACAGUGGAUAUCUCCAACAUUAAACGCGUGUUUUUACUGGGUCCUUCGCAUCAAGCUUAUUUUGAUGGUUGCAAUUUAUCAAAAUGCGACACGUAUGAAACACCUUUAGGAAAUCUUCAAGUGGAUCAACAAGUGACUGAAGCAUUGUUCCAGACUGAAAAGUUUGGAUACAUGACAAAAACCAUGGAUGAACGAGAGCAUAGUCUGGAAAUGCAUUUACCUUUUAUCUACAAAUUGUUUGAAAAGAAAAUCAAUGAAAUCAAGAUCGUUCCUAUUCUUGUAGGAUCCAUCUCUGAUAGAAAAGAAAAAAUGUACGGUGAGAUAUUAGCUGAUUACUUGUCAAACCCAGAGAAUUUAUUCAUCAUCUCUUCUGAUUUUUGUCACUGGGGAUCUCGAUUUCGAUACACGUAUUACACCCAGGAGGAUAACGAUGACAAUCCCAUCUUACUCAAUGAAAGAACCGAAGAUAAAAUCAAGCGUCCUAUCCAUGAGUCUAUCAAGGAACUUGAUUUUCGUGGUAUCAAGCAGUUGAAGUCUCUCAGCUUUGAGGAAUUUCACAAGUAUCUUGAAAAAACGGGGAAUACCAUCUGUGGUAGACAUCCUAUUGGUGUCUUGAUGGCUGCACUUGAAAUCCUCAAGGGCCAUCCUACGUCUCCGUCCAAGCAAACUCUAGUCUGUAUCAAGUAUGAUCAAAGUAGUGCUUGUAAGAGAAUUGAAGAUAGUAGUGUUAGUUAUGCCAGUAUCUAUGUACAGAUCGAAUAG